AUGGUCCUAGUGAUGAUUGAUCGGUUCUCGAAGUGGGCGGAGAUAGUGCCACUGCGAAAAGCAACAACCGAGGCCGAAGCUUUAAAAAGUUCCUCGGGGAGCUCGGCGUGCGCCACCGCGCCCUACACACCGCAGCAGAAUCCCACGGAAAGAGCUAAUAGGACGGUCAAAACGAUGUUCGCCCAGUUUGCUGGAAAGGAUCAAAGGGCGUGGGACGAGCACUGGCCAGAGCUAAUGCUGGCAGUAAACUCGGCAGUGUCGGAGUCCACGGGGUAUUCGCCGUGUUUUGUGACGCAGGGAAGGGAGCCAAGGAUGCCGCAAGCCCUGUUCGACGAAAAUGCUUUAGGCACAGGAGCGGGGCAAGGCACGCCAACCGAGAAUGCGACAAGGCUAAAAGAAGUCUUUGAGAUAGUGCUAAGGAACAUGGAGCGAGCGGCCCAGGACCCGAGGCGGAAGUGGAGUCCAAAGGUCGGGGAGACAGUGUGGGCAAAGAAGCACCAUUUGUCAAAGGCGGCAGAAGGAUUCACGGCGAAAUUAGCGCCACAGUACGACGGACCCUUCACGGUCGUGGAUUUCGUGUCGCCGGUGAUUGCCAUUUUACGAAACGGAGGAACGAACAAAGAGAAGAGGGCACACGUGAGUGAACUAAAGUGCCAAGAUGUAGAGGACGCGAAAGCAUGA